AUGUUUUUUCCCAGAAUUAUCUCUAAAGCUAAGCCUUUCAGUCGGUCUAAACGUUUUCUGAACCUUAGACAGUCCUUAGGUCUUCGGUCUUACGCUUCGGCAGUUGCUGACUCUUUUAAUGCACCGAAGAACGCAAAUGGCAGAUACACCGUGACUUUAAUACCUGGAGACGGAAUUGGACCUGAAAUAUCAGAGUCUGUCAAAAGAAUAUAUGAAGCCGCAAAAGUUCCUAUUGAGUGGGAAACCGUCAGCGUGACACCGGUAAUGAGAAAAGGCCGGAUUAGCAUUCCUGAUGAGGCCUUGAAUUCUGUAAAGAAGAACACAAUUGCUCUAAAAGGGCCUUUGGCUACACCAAUAGGGAAAGGACAUGUUUCCCUUAAUCUUACUCUUCGACGUAUUUUUCAUCUUUUCGCAAAUGUCCGGCCAUGUAAAUCAAUCGUUGGUUUCAAGACUCCUUAUGAUGAUGUAAAUACAGUUUUAAUCAGAGAAAAUACCGAGGGUGAAUAUUCUGGAAUUGAACAUACUGUGGUUGAUGGUGUUGUUCAAUCAAUAAAACUUAUCACAAGGGAUGCUUCUGAACAAUGUGCGCGCUAUGCUUUCAGAUAUGCACAAGAUAUUGGACGUAAUCGAGUUACUGCAAUUCAUAAAGCCAAUAUCAUGAAACUAUCAGAUGGUCUCUUCUUGGAAGUCGCUCAUGAAGUUUCCAAGGACUACCCAGAUAUCAAGUUCGAUGAUGUUUUGCUGGAUCGUGCUUGUCUUCACAUUGUUCAAGAUCCAGCGCUGUAUUCAGAUACUGUUAUGGUUAUGCCAAAUUUAUACGGCGAUAUAUUGUCCGAUAUGUGUGCCGGAUUGAUUGGUGGUCUUGGUUUGACGCCAUCCGCAAAUAUCGGAAAAGAUGCUUCAAUAUUUGAAGCUGUCCACGGAACAGCUCCGGAUAUUGCGGGCAAAGAUUUGGCUAAUCCAACUGCUCUCCUUUUAUCGUCGAUAAUGAUGUUACGCCACAUGCGACUCAAUACAUAUGCUGAUGAUAUCGAAGCGGCGGUAUUGAAAACAAUAGCCGAUGGCAAACAUCUCACUCGCGAUCUCGCCAAUACAAUCGCUUCCUAUAAUCAGAGUAUCGCAAACAUACAAGACUUUACACCAGAAAUCGAACCAGACUCUCCCCAAAAUUCUCCAAUUUCUUACCAGGCUUUUUUUCGAAAACUUUUGGCCCUCAAAAUGGGAGACCAACUUGAUUGCGCAUUGGAUCUUAUGAGAAGACUGUCUCCUCAAAACAUGGAGGAGAAUCUCACCAAACUCAUUGAUAUUGUGCCAGAUCUCCAGGAGGAUAUACUCAAUGCUGUCGAUCAACCUUUGAAAGUCAAGCAGUGCAAAAAAACAGGACGAGAUUACUUGGUCGCGGAGUAUAAUAGGGAUGGAGAUUCAACUCGAUCUCCUUGGUCAAACGAAUAUGAUCCACCUUAUCCAGAAGGUUUUGUAACUACGGGCAAACUGAGGAAAUUAGAGAUAACCGCCAAUGAAGCAUUUAAUAUUUACCGUGAAAUGUAUUAUGACGGUGGAUAUUCAUCUGCAUAUUUAUGGGAAGAAGGAAAUGAUGGAUUCGCGGGUGUUGUUCUUUUCAAAAAAGUUGAUGAAGGAGGUGAUAAACGAAAAACGAAGGGAGCUUGGGACUCGAUUCAUGUAUUUAGUUUGGAAGAAAAAGGUCGCAAGGCACAUUAUAAACUAACAUCGACUGUAAUGUUAUACACAAUCACCACGAAACCCGAGCUUGGUGAUUUGAACUUGUCUGGAAAUAUGACUCGUCAGGUUGCAGUUGAAUAUACAUUUGAAGAUCCACAAGCUCAUAUCGCGAAUAUUGGGCGUAUAAUAGAAGACAUGGAGUUAAAGAUGCGAAACUUGCUUCAAGAAGUAUACUUCAAUAAAACAAAGGAUAUUGUCAACGAUUUGCGUUCUGUUGAUUCUCUUAUUGAAGCUAACAAACAAGCAGAGACUCGGAGGGAACUUGUGGAAAAAAUUCUUGAAGCUAACAGACAAGCAGCAAAGGAUGAGAAUCGGAAGGGACUUGCGGAAAAAAUAUUAAAUAUAUCCUCAUAA